GCCCUAACCCAUCAUGUUUUUCUUGACCUAAACCUUUUCGCUAUGGAAGAUGAAAACGAUGACAACUCCCCCCAGCACGACGAGGAAGAGAAACAAGAAGAAGUGACAACUCCCGAGCACCCAGAAGACGGCCAGUCGAUACCAGAAGAAGAUGAAGGAAUCCGAUCGUCUACGAGGGAUAUUAUGUCAAAGAGUGAAGAGGAUGAAAUGUCUGGCCAAUCAAAUGAAGACCGUGGAGUGGGGGGAGCCGUCAAAGACGAGACGGGGGGUAAACUGGUACGACAGAGCAUCGGCGAAGGUAGCGCGACUGGUGAGAACGAUGAAGGAGCACCCCUCCCACCCACGGCGGUAUUCACGCAGGAAUCAGCCACCAGAGUUCUGUCCGCUCUGUCUGUGGGCUCGAACAAUGACGAGAGGGAGGACGACGAACCGCCGGAGGAAAUCCUCUACGAAUGGAAGGGAGAGCUCGAGGAGUAUGACGAGCCCGAUAUUUAUCCAUCUGAAAAAGAUUAUAAAUGGGUGGAAGAACUUGUUGAGGCAUCAGAUGAGGAGGGGUAUUCGGAGACAAGUAAGGGAACUGACCUGGGGAGCCUCGCCGCCCAAGCCGAAGCCAGCGAAAAGGUGGUGGCACCCCAAGUACCCGAGGCUGAAGGAGCAACACAGGCUGUGUCGGAAGAGGGAGUGUCCGUCACGGACGAGGCAGCAGCCGAAGGAAAAGACGCCGAUGCUGAAGAAACGUUUGAAGUCGCAACAGUCGAGCCGGAGCAAGAACCAGAACCUGAACCGCCGAAGAAAAGGUACAAGAAAAUCUUAGUUAAAAAACUGGUGGAGCGGCCACCGAAGAUCCACUAUGAGCCUCGUUACGAAAGGGUGGCGGACAAUACAAACGACCCCGGUUAUUUCAUCCACGCCCCCGUUACGCUCAUCCACUCCUUCGGCUAUGACGCCCAGCGCAUGGCGAACCUGCACGUGCUGGAUGAACAGACACUGGUCUUUAUGUCCGGGUUUGUGCUCACAUUCCUGGACCACACAACUCUCCACAAGACUUACCUCAAGUGUCUGGGCGGAUCGUGCUUCGGCGCCCUGGCCGUGCACCCCAGUAAAAUUCUGUUCGCGGCGGCCGAGAAAGGGAAAAAUCCCGUGAUAGGGAUUUGGUCGUGGCCAAAACUGCAGCUGUUUCGAAAACUUAGAGAGGGCACAAACAAAGUUUACGCUUCGGUGAACUUCAGCCCAGACGGGAGGCUGCUGGCGUCACAAGGGGGAGAACCCGACUAUCUCAUCACGGUGUGGAACUGGCUGGCCGAGACCCCCAUCCUGAGGGUCAAGUCGCACUCCCAAGACGUGUACAGAGUGACCUUUUCAAAAGAGUUAGCGGGGAGACUAACCACCUCAGGUCUGUGUCAUAUCAAGUUUUGGAAGAUGGCGGACACCUUCACAGGGCUCAAACUUAAAGGCGAUAUCGGGCGAUUCGGGCGGACGGAGCUGUCCGACAUAGAAGGUUAUAUCGAGAUGCCGGACGGCAAGGUGCUGAGCGGCAGCGAGUGGGGGAACCUGCUGGUCUGGGAGAACGGGCUGAUCAUCGCAGAGCUGUGUAGCAGGGUCGACGUCCCCUGCCACGACGGCAUCGUCCGGCAGGUGUUGCUGACGGAUGGCGAGUUCUACACGACGGGGCAGGACGGAUGGGUCAAGACGUGGAACUACGACGCCGUGGACACGGCUGAGAUCAACACGAGUGAGGAGAGCAUCAAGGUCCCCAUCAAGGUCAUGGCGCAGGUGCAGGUGGCUGACGGGGCCGACAUCUGGUCCAUCGUCCCCAACAUCCCCGACCCCAGUACCAGCUCCAUAUUCUGGUUCGCCCAGGACGGCGCGGGCUCCAUAUGGAAGGUCGACCUGUCCUUUUUAAACACGGCUAAAGAGCCGAUGCUCAUCUCCACGGCCCACGGCGGGCCAGUGGUCGGUUGCCAGAUCUCCAACGACAACUGCCUGUUUGCUACACUGGGCAAAGACGGCCAGGUCAGGGUCUAUAACUACUUGUCUAGGGAGUUGGUGGCCAGACGACAUUUCACUUCUGCAGGUUCAUGCUUCCUUUGGCCGUCUACACUGAUAGACGGCCAAUUUAAUAAAAUGAUCGCAGGAUUUAGCGACGGUACCCUACGAGUCAUGCAACUGUCGGGUGUCCCGACAAAAGACCUGCCCCUGUCCAUCAUUCUGCUCAGCGCCAUGAAACCUCACGCUCGGAAAAUCACAUCAAUGGCGCUCGACAAAAACGCUGAACAUUUCGUCACAGGGAGCGAAGACGGAACCGUUUUUUUCUUUGAUGUCAAGCAAAAUUUUCUUCCGAUGGUUUUUGUCGCCAUGCCGGAUUAUCGAGGCGUGUCGUUCCUCAAGUGGAAUUAUUUACCCCAGGAGAAAAAGACAGUCUUCGCCGUGCUAGACGGAGGGUUUAUCCAAGAGAUUGGCGUGCCGGAGAAGAAGCACAUCCACAACGAGACGUCCUACCACUACAUGGAGUCAGCGCUGCUGAAGAGCUACUACUUUAAGAGCAUCAAGUCUCAGCUGAGACACAAUGAGGAGCUGGAGAGAGAACGGCUGGCGGAGGAGGCGAGACAAGCAGCACAAGAGGAAGAGAACCGGAAGAAAAUCACAGAGGGAAUGGAGACUCAGUCCGAGCAGGACUUGAGACUCCUGCAAGAGGCGGAGGAGUUUGAGCGGCUGAAGCUGGAGGAGAAGCCUAAGCCAAAGUGGGAGCCGUACUACCCACCCGAGCCGAGCCCCAUCCUGUGUCUGAUGCCGGGGGUCAGGGAAAACGAGAUGUUUCUCUCCAUGGGGAAGUACGACUCGGGGUAUCUGUACCACGUCAAGAUGAACAGCAAGGUCAAGGCCGAGCCGCAGCCCCAGGAACCCAUUGGCGCCAUCCCCGUCGAGGACUCUGACGAUGUACCGAUUACCGCCUUUGCGACCAGCGUAGACGGGGAUCAAUUCGUAUUCGGUUUUGCUGACGGACGAAUACGAAUCCAGAAAUGUAUCUAUCCGUUCGACCUGGACAAUAUGGGCCCCUACUGGACCGAGGGCGUCCACGACUGCGUCAAGGGCAGCAUCACGUCCAUAGCACUGGACAUGAAAGGUGUGUUCAUGAUCACAUGCGCCAACGACGGGAACACGUUCCUGCACUCUUUCCUCCACCCGGACAUGCUGGACCGGUACCUGGAAAAUCUGUACUUCCACGAGGUGCCGUACGUCACGCAGCCGACCACCGUCCAGGAUAUCAUCGACCCAGACGCCUACACGCUGGAGAAAUAUAAAAACAUUGAGAAAGAAAUGGCGCUACUGGCUGCGGCCAAACGCAGCAAGGCGGCGAGAAAGGAAGAGAUUGUUCGUCUGCGGCUGUGGUACUGCGAUAUUUUAAGACAAAACAGCGAGCUGCCUGAAGAUUCUCGCUUGACCCACACCGAGCUGUCCAUUACCUCAGACAACAGCGUCAGGAGAGAAGAAGAGCUGAAGGGGGCGCUGAAGAACUUAGAAGUAGAGAUGGCGUGGGAGACAGAAAAAUGCAACAUCGCUUUAUCUAAGAUGAAGUCCGCAUACAAGGACACACUGCACAACGAGUUGUUCAAACUCAAGUCCUUCAACUCCAAUUUGUCGGUUUGUUCGUUCCGUCUGCCAAAGAUGCCGCCGUUUUUUGAAGCUGCUAAAGACAGGAUCGAGCACCAGAGGACGCCGCACGCGGUGGAGUCAGACAUUAUAGAAGACGACCUGUCGUCCCACGUCAGCUCCGUCAUGACGCACGAGCCCAGGCCGAGAAAAGUGUCCGGCAUGGACCGGUUUGUUUACCAGCGGCAGGUCAGGCUGUGGGAGAGGAAGCAAAGGAAGAUUCAACGCAGCCAAGUCUGGAAGGAUUUCCUGGCCACGGAGCCGAAGGGCAAGGAGUUGAGGGAGGAGGACAAGGCCAUCGAGAAGGCCAUGACCAACAUGGGGGACAUGAAACUCAAGAUGGCGCCUGACUAUAAGGUCCCUGAGGAUAAAAAGCUAACAGAACACAGGGCGCGUAAAAAAUGCGUGUUCCUAGAGGAGAUAAUAUUCAACCUGAAGAACGAGUUUAAUCAGAAGUUAAUUAAACUACGGCAUCAGAAGAUCGCACACAUCAACAGGAUGAAGGAGUACGUGAGGGUGAUUGAGGAGAAACAGAAGCUACUGCCAGCCGGCGAGCAACUUCAGAUCCCAGAGAUUGAGGAGAUGACCAUCGAGGAAAACCCUUACUCAUACAUGUACUACACGGUCGAGGACAUCAAGAUAUACAAGAGACAAAUGGAGGAAAAGAUGAAAGCUGCGGCCUCACAGAUCAGCGCUAAAGCUGCCAAAAAACCGGAAGUUCCCGCCAAAAGAAGGCUGAUGGGAAACCAAAACCUGUAUCGGAAAGUCUCAUCCGGCUCAAAUAAAGUUGAAAGUGUGGAUCAAGAGCCGCAAGAAAAAAAAGAAAGCUUCGACCUUGGUAACCACGUGGAGGACAUAGUCUCCGAACCCUCGCCCUUAGAGCGCCAGAUGGCCAAGGUUAACUUGACCAACGCCCGGUUCUACCAACAAUACUACACCAAGCUGAUAGACGAAGAAAAGAAGGCGUUCGAUGUUAAGCUCAAACUCCUGCGGCACCGUAAGCUGAAGCUGGACUACCUGCUGAAGAUUGCCGACGAGCGAAUGGUCCUGUUGAUUGACGAGUUUAUCCUGGCACAGCGGAGCGAGGCUAUGGAGGCGUCCAUAGAGUUGAAGAUCCUGGACGCCAACAAGGAGAAGAAAGACUGCAGCACGCAAUUCAAAACACUGCAGAAAAAACUGGAACUCGUGAAAAAAGACAUGGAGGGCUACGUAAAACAAAGGCAGGUCUUGUUGUCCGAAGUUAUGCAGAUUGCGACCAGGGCGCCUGCGUUUGAGAAGUACCUCAUCCGUGUGUUUAAUAAAAAAUUAGGCAAACAGAAACGUAAAUCUGUUGUCAAUUCCGAGGUGUCUAACCCAGAAAGUGACGAGGACAGCGAAUCUAGCAGCGAUAUGGACAUUGAGGAGGAAGAUGAUGACGACGAUGGGUUGGAUGUUGAUCUCCCUCCAUCAGAGCUCAACAAAGAAAUCUACGAGCAGGUGCUAGAGGUCAGAGACAAACGCUACGUCAUCGACGAGUACGAGGCUGCGACUCGAGAAGUAUACGAUGACGUCAACAACGGCAUGAACGCCUUGAAAGCAAAGAUACGCGACGCCGAUAAGAACCUGGAGACUGGGCGAAGAGAUUUGGACGCUUUUAUCAAAGAGAAGCAGGAGAAGCAGAACGAUCUGGACUGCACGGUGUCCAUCAAACUCCACCAGAUCUUCCUCAUGGAUGAGGACAUGAGGGACGCCCUCUGUACGGACAACGACACCAUCGAGCAGCUACGGAACCGGAUUCCGGAGCUCAGGAAAGAGACGGUUAUACAGAAGAAGAAAGGCAAGGACAUCAAGAAGCAGCACUAUACGCUGCAGAGAGAGAAAAAUAAAUUCCUUGAUCGCCUGGAAGAGAUGAAGGCUAAGUGUGACACCGAGAUGAUCAAAAAGUUUGGCACCGUGAGGGCUAUAGAGGAGCUCGAGUAUUUCUCUAAGGACCCUGAGAUACUCACCCUCCAGCACGAGCAGGAGAUGAUCGAGAAGCAGCACGCAUACGACCUACACCACUACGGUAUAGAGCAGCGUAUGUGUGUUACUGACCGUGUUGACGUCACACGCCGCCAUGCCGAGCGGAUGUACGGGAAGGCGGACAUGAUGUACCAGGUGAACGAUAUGACCAAACAGAUGGACGAACAGAUGCGCCACCUACCGUCUGAGUAUGAGGAUAUCACCACCCAGAAAGAGAUUGCCUUCCUAAAAACGGUGGUGGAAGAUCAAAGGCAGGUGCUAAACGCCCUGAAACGUGAAAUAGGCCGCAUGACGUCACGUCUCAAACCUCUGCCGCCAAUCCACCAUCAAAAUAAAGAUCAAUGAUUGGCCGGUCGUGGACACGUGAUUUCCCAACAAAUGAAGAGCAUUGAUUGGCUGGCGCUGGUCAUGUGAUGGAGUAGGCCAACAUGUACUCUAAUCAAAAUGUAAUUUAUGCAAUUUCUAUGUCGUAGAAAUUGCAUCAAUGUACCACGUAUACAU